AUGGCCACCCCUUCCACCACGGAACCCCCUCCUGGCGCCAAAGCCAACGGCCCUCCCCCGUUCGCCCAAGGCGGACCACCCCCCGGCAUCCCCCUCGGCGCUGGCCCGCCACCAGGAGUCAUCCCCGGCCCGGGUGGUCCUCCCCCGGGAAUCUUCGGCCCUCCAAUCGACCUCUCCACGCUCCCCAAACCACCCCCUUCCAACCCCUCCCUCCCCGCAAUCCUAAUCCUCUGCACCUCCUCCACCGCUCCAGGCCAUGUCCUCCCUUUGACCGCCAUCGCAACCCAUCUCGUCCAGAAAGGCUACCCAGUCCACUUCGUCGGCGGAGUCCAACACGCCCACAUCAUUGCCUCGUCAGGAGCGCACUUCAUCUCCAUCCAUGAGUCCCUCUCCCUCGCCAAAGGUCCGUAUAGAAAAUGGGGAAUGGAAAGGGCGAAUUACCCCGAGGGAUUACCCAGGAUGGUGCAAGACUUCAAAACAUUCUUCAUCGGGCAGAUAGAAGGCCAGUUUCUGUCUAGCAAGGCCGCGUUGGAGGAUCUGAGGGACAGAUAUGGCAAGGAGAGGAAAAUUAUCGUGGUCAACGAGACGAUGUGGUUCGGCUUCUUACCUUUCAAAUACGGGGCCAGUCUUGGUCAAAUCAAAGGGUGGGAUGACGGGGAGGAGGUGCCCAAGACGGUGGGGAUAAAUGUUACGCCUGUUAUGCUUGAUGGGGAGGGCAUGCCGCCUUUUCCGCUUGGGAUUCUUCCUGGGGAGGGGGAGGGGGUUAGGGAACGGGAUAGGGUGCUAAAGGAGUGGUAUUAUAAAUAUGUGGUGAAGGAGGCGUAUGAUGGGUUUAGGGAGAAUAUCAGGAGGUGUGGAGGGGUGGAGGUGCCGGAUGGGUGGAUGGUGAAUCUGAGUUAUACUGCUCAUGAUGUCACGCUGCAGCUUUGUGAUGAGGUUUUGGAGUACCCCCGGCCGGAUCUACCUCCGCAUGUCAUGUUUGCCGGGAGUUUGCCGCCUAAGAAGGGAGGGAAGGAGGGGUAUAAAUGGCCGGAGUGGUGGAAGCCAGAGGUUCUGGAACGGAAGGAGGGGAGGAGGAUCGUAGUUGUGUCGCAGGGGACGUUGGCGAGGGACUAUACCAUGUUGUUGGCGCCUACGGUCAAGGGUUUGGCGGGGAGGGAGGAUGUGUUGGUUAUUGCUUUGCUGGGGAAGCAAGGGUUGGAGACGCCGCCCGAGGUUUUGCCUCGGGGUGUUGAGCUCGGGAAUGUCAAGGUGGUGGACUUUCUGCCGUAUGACUCUGUCUUGGAGCAUGCUGAUGUUAUGGUUUUCAACGCGGGAUAUGGGGGGUUCGUGCAUUGCAUCGUGAACGGGGUGCCUGUCGUGGCUGCAGGGCUGACGGAGGACAAGUGCGAGGUCUCGGCGAGGGUCGAGUGGACGGGUGCGGGGAUCAACCUGAGGACCGGGAGGCCUACGCCUGACGCUGUCGCGGCUGCGGUUGAUACGAUUUUGGGGGAUGACAAGUAUCGGUUGAGGGUGCGGGAGCUGGCGGGGCAUGUCGCCAAAGGGAACCCCGUGGAGGUUGUGGAGAAGGAGAUCAUCGCUCUUUCGUGA